UAAGUCGCUCUGGAUAAGAGCGUCUGCUAAAUGACUUAAAUGUAAAUGUAAAUGUAAUGUCUGCCUCAGGCCUACAGUACAUCUACAGUGCCAAUGUCUGUUAGGCAUACUGCUUGAUGAUGUAUAUGCUAGUGGAAUGAUAUGGACAGCAUUCAACUACGUAUCUUGUACAGUGGGACAGAAUAAUGGCAUGGAUCGAGUGCACAAACAAACAUGACUUUGGGUCAUUUUGACAUAGGAGAAAAUAAUUAUAAGUGAUAUCCAAACCAAUAGGGUGUGUGGGUGCGGGAGCAGACGCGACAAUAUAGUCCCGACACGAAUCUAAGGUUGCUACCCAGGCCGGCUGGUCGUUCGUUCUAUCGGUUCGGUGGCCAGAGACGCGACCCAGUCGUUAAAGUCUUUCUGUUCUGUGUGUAUGGACGCGACCCAGUCGUUAAAGUCUUUCUGUUCUGUGUGUAUGGACGCGACCCAGUCGUUAAAUCUUUCUGUUCUGUGUGUAUGGACGCGACCCAGUCGUUAAGUCUUUCUGUUCUGUGUGUAUGGACGCGACCCAGUCGUUCGUUCCAUUGCCAUACUGGCUGGCAACGUUCUUAUCCCUUGCUUGCAAGCAAGCUAGCCAACUACAGCUAACUUAGUCACGUCAAACAGCAAAGUAACUGCAUUUGCAUUUGUUUAAGAUGUUUUUUAGUGACAUUUAUUGGUGUACAUUCGUAACAAUGAGCUAAUGAUGCGCGAUUUCGCCUGGUAUAGAAAAUGUGCUCUCUCAUUAGGACACUGUUGUUCAGAGGAGCUAGCCAACAACACAGCUAGCACAAUCACUUCAAUCUGAAGCUGGAAAGACUGCAAACUAGCUCCAUUUAGUUUUAUAUUGAAAUUUCAUUGUAUAUAUCCAUAAAAAUCGGGCUAACUGAUUCAUGAUUUCGACUGGCUGAGAUAAACUGUCUGCUUGUCCCGACAAGUGCAUUACUAUGGCACAGCUGGAGAUCGAAAUGUCAAUAUUCAAACAAUGUCGCUGAUGUCGGCGAGACCGACAGCAAAGUUUAUACAAAUCUCCGCUGUUGAAAUCCAAAUGCUAGUCUAAAAGAAAUGGAAGAUAAUGUCGAGAUGUUUUUUUAUAGAGGAGAUCAAGUUUAUAAAUUGCCUGGCUGGGCUGAUGAGACAGUGGAUUGCGCAGUGAGAUGGAAGAGAGUAAAUAGGCAUUUCAACGUCAUUGCUAUGGCCACUGGUAACUUGUGUAAUAGAAACCGUCUGGAAUGCAAUUUUAACCACGAAGCAUCUAGGAUUAGACCCACCCGUUGUAUAAAUGAUGAUGCAUUUACAUGACACUUCAACAUUCUAUGGCAACCAUGUUAGCUCCCCAUUAGCAUUGCAUGGGUAAUAUUCAAACAAUGCUACGUAACUGAUUUGUCUAGAAUUCGAACAAAAUUCACAAUUCUAAAAGUCGGCCUAACUCUUUAAAUAUAUGACUCUGAUCAUGACAAUCCACUGAAUGACAGAAGGGACGUCACAAUCAGUUCCAACAAGUGGAAUAGAAUAAACACAAACUCUUCCAUUUUCAAGAGUGUCAAAGUCAUUUACAAAUGUCUACAUCGCCGAUUCUCCGGGCAGAUAUCUUAUUCUGUGCCUAGUGAACUGCAGUGUGUCUUGUCUUCAUGCACAGUCCUGUCAUUGUCGUGCCGCGCAUUAGUGACAGAAGAUACAUUACUUGGCAGGAAUCUAAUUAGAGGUCCCCUAACAACCUAAUAGGCGUGUCUCCUGCUGCAUGUACAGUAGAGAGAAGGCUAUUAAUCCAAGGACAACCUCUAUCUCUUCAGACAACAAGCUGAGUGUAGUACGCUGGCAGUCUUUCCAUCCGCUGUGGAAAAAUGUUGAUUGAGUAACAAAUGGCAUCUUGUUUAGCCCUUAGUUGCCAGCGAUGAGACUUGUUCUCUCUCUUCAUUGGUGACAAGUUCAGUAUUGUCGCGCGGGAGUCCAUUCUGAGCAGGGCCAGUCUUCUAUGUGAUCUAUGUGGACGACAGACGACAGCACUGGUGUUGACCAAAAAUGCUGAUUCUAUACUAUCGUUAUGUGCUAAAUGUGCAUCUGUGUCUGUGGUCAAAUCAGGUGCUUCUAGUACUUUUGUUUAGAUUAUAAUUCUUUUUUUUACAACCUCAAGAUGUUGUUGCUAGUAUUCGAGUAAAGGGGAGCAAGUGGUCACAGUUGUCUGCUGUGGUCUGGAGCCAAAAAAAAAAGUAAUUCUGAAUGUUCCUGUAUGAUGACAAGGAUUACAACUUCACAACUGUAGUCCAGACCUAAGUUGACCUGAGUUGCUUCUUCUCUGUAUUGAAUAGCUACUCCUAAAAGGAGACAAACGUUUACUGUCAGGAGUUCAAUCAGCAUGGCAAAUGGUUUCCAGUAAAGACGUUCAAUUCUUAUGGGAAUUCACUGAUAGUAGAUAAUAAAACCCAAUUCAUCCAGUGAACCUAAUAAUCAAUCAACCAAUUCUUCCCAAAAUACUUAAGCAACCGUAAACCAAUAAAACAAACCUGACUAUAAUGAUCCCCUUUAUAGCCCUAGACAAGAGUAUAACAUUUUUAGACAAGAGGAUAAAAAUAGGGUCACGAUAGCUACAGUACUAAAAUUAGCUCCCGGAAUAGUCCAUCUAGGGUUAUUCUUUGAGUAAUUGACAUUAGACAAUGAACGGCCAAAGGAGGGGUCAUGGCAGAAAUGGCCAUCCAAAGUUAUUUAAAAAAGAAGAACAAGAAAGAACCAAUUGUGCUAGAGUCAACUACUAGACCCCCGAAGGAGAUCGUAGAGAGUCCGGACUAGAGGUCGAUCGUGAUUGGCCGAUAACUCCCAAAAAGAAACAGGGCGGUCCCGUUGAAUUAGUCGAGAUAUGGACAAAAGCCAUAGGCAGAUAUCCUGUUGGGAUCAAACCCGGGGGUAAUCUGAUGAGUCUCUGUUUGAAGUGAUUAUCACGGAGGGAAACUAAGGGAUCGCCGGCUUCUCGCCUAAUUAUCAAAUUUAGUGCAGAGCCUUAAGAAGUUUAUAAAGACACUGGCUGACGGCAGGAGGGGACAGGAGGGGACAGUCCUCAACAUAUCAACUCACCAGGAUAGCCACCGGAUAGCAGCAGCUUAACUGCAAUCCUACUGCUGCUUUGAGCUGUUCUACAACUAGCAGACCAGACCUGAAGACAGUUGUUCUCUCUCUGACUGAUGAGAAUGCCACACUUAAGUGACUGUGGUUACUACAAGAUGAGAGACGGAGCCCGAGUUUCCAAUGUCUGUAUGGAACAGGUCCAGAGCCACCUGGAGGGCUCUAAGUUCCACCUGCACCAGGCCCAGAGUCAGCAGGUCAAGCAGUACCUGACCCUGGGUUCCAAGCUGGCCGGGGGACAGGGGGGCCACCCUCACCCCACUGCGCAGGGAGGGCAGCUCCUGGGCACCGUUCCAGUGAUGAGGAAUGGCCACAUGGCCCCCCUCAGUGAUGGCAGCACCCCCAGCAGCCCCGUUACACUGCUGACCCUGGCAUCCAACCACGACAGCGAGUUUCCAAUGGAUGAAGUCAUUGAUGACUUGAUUAGCCUGGAGUCCGGCUUCAAUGACGGGGGCUUGGAUUGUAUGGAUCCCAGCAUCAUAAUGCAAAACAAUGUGCUUAGCAGCAGCAUGCUGGACAUCUAUGGGUGUGAACCAGGUAUGACUACAGCCCCUCAUGGCCGAAUGACACCCACCUCACGCCCCACUAUGCUCACUACUGUAAAAAGGGAAGUCACAGAACAUGAAACGAGAGUGAUGGCCAAAGAACGACAGAAGAAAGACAACCACAACUUGAUUGAAAGAAGAAGAAGAUACAAUAUCAACUACAGAAUCAAAGAACUUGGAACGAUGAUACCAAAGUCGAAUGACCCUGAUAUGCGCUGGAACAAAGGCACCAUUCUCAAGGCGUCGGUGGAGUACAUCAAGUGGCUGCAGAAGGAGCAGCAGCACGCCAGAGAGCUGGAGAACAGGCAGAAGAAGAUGGAGCAGGCCAACAGGAGGCUACUGCUCAGGAUCCAGGAGUUGGAGAUCCAGGCCCGUGCUCACGGCCUCCCCAGCAUGGCCACUGCCCUGGGUACUGUAGAGCUCUCCUCCCACCUCCUCAAACAACAGCAGCAGCAGCCCUUGGCUCCCCAGUCACAGCAGGGUCCCCAGCCACCCCUGUAUCAGGAAGAGCUGAACGGGGAGUACCUCCAGAGGACCUCCAUGCCAGCCAUGACCACUGGGGGCGUCACUGGGGUUACAGACCAGGGUCAGGGGGUGGUUGACUGCUCCACCACUUUCUCCGACCCGCUGUCUCACUUCACAGACUUCUUCAGUGCCACACUCAAAGAGGAGCAACGGCUGGACGAGAUCCUCAUGGACAACCCGCUCUCGCCGUUCGGCACCGACCCGCUUCUCUCUGCCGGCUCACCCGACGCCUCCAAGGACUCCAGUCACAGGAGCAGCUUCAGCUCGGACGAUGGCGAUGACGACCUAUGAUCCCUGACCCCUCCGCGACCCCACGGUGACCCUGUGUCAAAGGUCAAAGGACAUACAGCAGUUGGUCACCCUCACAAAGUGGUGCAGGGAUUUGUUCCAGCCCAGCACCAACAAAACAUCCGAUUCCACUGACCAGCUCGAAUCAUUGAGAGCUUGAUUAGUGGGCUCAGGUGUGUUAGUGCUGGGCCGGAGCAGAAGCCUGCACACCCUGUGGCUCUCCAGGACCAGGGUUAGUUACCACUGGCACUCCCACUUUUUAAAAACUUUGGUGGAGAGUGCAUACCUCGCGGACAGAACCAGAGUCGUGAGAAAAAGGGAGAAAGACAAUCGGUCCAUACUGAUCAUAUAAUACUGUUCCAUAAUGCAAUGGACACUGGGGUUGUUGUACACCACUGUAAACUAUACUGUGUCUUUGCAAUAUGCCAAAAGAGGACAGUGUCCUUUUCAGAUGUGUACUAUUACAGUUAUUGUAUAAAAGGACUUUAAAACCAUUGAGGUUCACUGAUGGGCCCUAUCUAGAGCUAGUUACUGGUGGUUCCUCUUCCAAACAGAAAUUAAAAUGGAACAGUGAUACUAGGCGAAAAAGCCUAGUACACUUCCUUUGUUUGUCUUUAAAUGUAUUUUUACAAAAUGUUUUAUGUAUUUAUGUGUUUUAAUCCAUGUAUUCCUAAAAAAAAACAUUACAUUAUCUAACAUGCUCUCUUUUUUUAUUCUUAGUGGGGGUGGGGAAAAUAUAAUAAAACCCUUUUUUUUAUAAA